CGCUCCCCCCCGCUCGCCGCGCCGUGGGCGGUGCCGCGCAGGCGCGCCGCGCGCCGGCCCCUGGCGACAGCGGUGUUGUGGCGCGCGGCGUUGCCGGGGCGGGUGCGGCCGCCCAUGGCCGCGGCUCCGGCGCUGCGCCCCGCGCCAUGGAGCACCCGGCGGGGCCCGAGCGGCGCCUGCCGCCCUGCCCCGGCCCCUGCCCCGGCCCCGGCUCCGUUCCGCAGCGCCCCGGGCGGCCGGCGGGGCAGGAGGGCGACGCCGCCGCCGCCGAGCCGCCGUGGGGGCCGCGGCCGGCGCUGUGUGGAGCGGCCCCGCGCGGGCGCCGCCGCCUGCCCCGCCGGCCCGUCCGCCCGCCCGCCGCCCCGCUGCGCGCCCUCACGCCGCCCCCCGCCCGGCGCGGCCCCGGGGAGCUCUGCAGCCUGGCCUGGCAGCGGCAGGACGAGGAGGCCGGCGCCGAGCCCUUCUCGCGGCCGCCCGGGGAGGACGCGCCACUCCCCGGCCAGCCCGGCGGCACCGGCCUGAAGUUCGGGCUGCUGCCGCCGGAGCUGCACGCCCGCCUGCUGGACCAGGAGGACUACCGGAGCCGCACGCAGGCCGUGGAGGAGCUGAAGAGGGCGGUCGGAGCCGCCAGCCAGGCCGCCGUGAGCGCCGCACCUGCCCCCGGCGUCCUGGGGCUCAUCGGCCUCCUCUGCGCCCUCCUGGACGACUCCAACUUCAAGGUGGUGCUGGGGGCGCUGGAGGUGAUCCACCUGCUGGCCCUGCGCCUGGGCGACCGGACCCAGGCCUUCCUCACGCCGCUGGUGUCGGCUGCUGCCAAAGUGCUGGGGGACAACAAGCUGGCCGUGCGACGCGAGUACAACCGCCUGCUCCUGCGGCUGAUGCGGACAGCGGGGCCGCAGCCCGUGCUGCGCCUGCUGCUGCAGCACGAGUACCUGCAGCACAGGAACUCCAGGGUCCGCGAGGAGGUGGUCAACAUCUGCAUCGUGGCUCUCCUCACCUACCCGGGCGAGGAGCUGGACUUGGCCAAGCUGGCGUUCGGGCUGGCUCCAGCGCUGCUGGACGGCAAGCGCAGGGUCCGGCACGCUGCCAUGGAAGCGUUCGCUGUGCUGGCGUCUUCCAUGGGGCCGGGCAAAACCGGCCUUCUCUUCAAGGCGGUGGAUGCCGUGGAACUGGAGGAGAACGGGGAUGGUGUGAUGCACGCGGUGCAGGCUAGGCUGGCCAGAAGGACCUUGCCCAAGCUGGUAGACCAAGGCUUUGUAGAGUACGCUGUGCCCUUGCCGUCAUCUGGUCACAACAGGGGCUCGUGUUUGCCCCCCGGAGCAGAUACAGACUGGUUGUUGAUGGGCAGCAGGACUCAGAGCGCACACAGUUACUGCGGGUGCCGCGCGCAGGACGAUGCUGUGCCCAACUCCAGCUCCCACGGUGCGUGUGCCGAUGGGGGAAUAAGCCCAAGAAGAGUCCUGAGUGCGGGUAAAGGAAAAAACAAGCUGCCUUGGGAAAAUGAGCAGGCUGGAGACGGGGAAGGCGGAGCAGGAGUCAAGGUGCCUCUCACAAGGAGUGUGGAGCAGCUCUCUGCCUGCGGCGGUUUCCCCCACCCUGCGGAGCUGCGGCCGUCCCAAGGGGCAGCGCUCGGCGACCAGCUCUUUGGCAGCAGGAGAAGAGCUGCGAGGAACUUCCUUCCGAGCUGCGUGGGUUUGAACCGGGAGCAUCCCUCUGAUUGCGCUGUUAUUUCUGUGUUUGUUUCGGAAGGUGCUCCGGGCUCUCCUCAGCCUCAGGUUUCGGGGAAAUGCGGGGCGCUCGGAUGCACACAGACACGCGGGAGGAGCGGUAGUGUGGACAGUUUGCAGUUUUUAGGAUUAAAUAACUGUCAGCAAGACAAAGUUUGUGCCAGCCUCAAUUUUUCCAGCAAGUCCCAGAGAAGCGUUUGCAAUCAAGCGGAGCCCACGGGGUCCCUGCAGGGUCCCAGCGCCACCCAGGGCGCCUCCACGCUGCCGUCCUGCGCCCGGCGCUCCCCCCGGCACAGCCCCAGGCGCCUCUCCCCGCCGGCCCGCUCCCCACACGGGCCCCGCGAGAACGGGCUGAGCUUCUCCAGCUCCUGGCCGCUCAAGAGCUUCGAGGGGCUGCCCAGGCCCAGCGCACCCAGGCACCUUCUCGCUCAACAGCCAGCAGACAGCACAGGGCAGGACCCGCGGGACGCGCGCUCCGCCCUGCAGCCGCGGCCCAGCCUGCUGGGGCACCGCGGGCUGAGCGGGGCCAGGCCCGUGCCCCCCAUCCCGCGCCUCGCCAGCACCCUGCCCGACAGGAUGCGGCUCGUUGUCGCAACGCGGAGGAGCGAGCAGUGCGAGGACGUGUGGCUGAGCGGCGUGGAUGGGAAGCUUGCGGCCCAUCUGUCAGAGCUGAACGUCGACGACGAGGAAGUGGACCAAGAAGAGAGUGAAGCCAGGAUACAGUGUCGCUGUGCAUUUGCGUUUACCUGCAGGAUGCAGAACUCCCUCAGGUCCGUACGGAACAGCGCAGCCAGGAAGAGGGCGAAGCUCGGCAGCAGCGUUUCCGAUCUGGAGAGCCCCGGCUCCGCCGGCAGGCCGGGGGUGUCGGCGGGCUCCCCGUCCCGCAGCCAGGGCUCGCUCGCCCGCCCCGAGCCCGCGGGGCCCCGCGGGAGAGUCGCGUCAGACACCUUUCCACUGCUGGGCAGCAAACCCCAGCCUGCAGGGGCAUCUUCUGCGAGAACCAGAGACCCACACGUGGCAGAAUGCGGCUCCAGCACAGCGUUUGAUGACAAGGGCACUUCCCGGGUUGGCAUCGUUGGUGAGCGUUUGAACGGCGGCAGCGGGUGCGGAGACGACGAGGCCAGGGAGCAAGGAGACGUGUCACGUGCCCCUUUAAAGGGUCAAAAUACGGAACACCAAAGAAGUGUGAAGCAUUCGAGAGGUCUUGCGGAGCCCAUGUCUGGUUUGAACGAUCCAGAUCUCGUGCCACCUGGUGUCCUGGCUGAAGAUGCAGUCGCGGUUGUUGGUAAAGGUGUUUUUGGGAGCCCCCCCGGUGCCCGAGCCCCCGCGCAGCCCCCGGUGUGCGCUGCCAGCGGGGGGGACCCAACGGAGCCAGCGGGGAGUGGCAGCCAGCAGUUCCACCCCGAAAACCAGAGACAGGUGAGAGUUGCCUUGUCAAGAUCUGCCCAGGAGAAGGUGAGGCGGAAGAGAAGAGAAGAGGAAGAACAGGGUCAUGAAGAACAGCAGCAAGAAAAGGAGGAAAACCCUUGGGAAAGACUUACACUGAGUGAGCCAGAGAAAACAGCAACAGCAAACUUAAAUCUCUGUGGGGAUCUAUUAACAUCAUCAAGAAAUGUAUCUUUGUCAUUAGAAAGUGUGGCCUUGGAUCCGUCAUUAAGAAGAACAUCCAGUUUGAAGAAGACAAGAUGUGCGGCCCCGCCGGAUCCUGAUGAGGCUCCUCGUGGGGCCCGCGGGCGCCACAAGGAGCGGAGCCCGCCGCUGGCCCCGAGCCCGGAGAUGCUGGCGCCGUGGGAGCUGCAGCCCCUGGCGCGGCCCGAGGCGGCGCUGGCGCAGGCGCUGGCGCUGCUGGCCGGCGAGGACUGGGAGAAGAAGAUCGAAGGUCUGACCGUCGUUCGCUGUUUGUCUGCGUACCACGCGCCUGCGCUGGCUGCCAGGCUGCACGAAACCAGUCUGGCCGUGGCAGAAGAGGUCAAGAAUUUACGCUCAGGUGUUUCUCGAGCUGCUGUGGUCUGUUUAGGGGAUUUGUUCACCCACCUGAAAACGAGCAUGGAUCAAGAACUAGAUAAUGCAGUAAAGGUCCUUUUGCACAAAGCUGGUGAAUCCAACACAUUUCUAAGGGAAGAGGUAGACAAGGCUCUGAAGGCUAUGGUUACUAAUGUGACUCCAGCACGUGCACUUUGUUCUCUUAUAAAUGGAGGGCAAAGCCACCUGCACUCGGCGGUGAGGAGGUGCGCAGCACAGCACCUGGCGGACGUCCUGGAGAGCGUGGGGCCGGAGCGCGUCCUGGCUGGAAGCAGAGCUGGCGCCGAUCGGGUGUUACCUGCCAUAGCCAGGUUUGCACAGGACAGUUCGCAGCAAACGAGGUAUUACGGUCGGAAGAUGCUCUUCAUUAUGAUGUCUCAUCCUGAUUUUGACAAAACACUUGAAAAGUAUGUGCCGCCCAAGGAUUUGCCUUACAUUAAGGAAUCUGUUAGCAAUCUGCGUGAAAAGGGUCUGCAGCAGCGCGGGACCGCGGCAGCUGUGCUCCUUAACGGUUCUGCCUCUGCGCAGGGGCUGGGGGAGAUGCCGCUAGAUACACCCUCAGCUAAAGGAAGACGUUCCCAGACUAGCGGUGUUGGACAUUCGAGGUCGUCGUCGACUUCCCGAGAUGCUCUCAACACGACCGACAGGGAGACCAUGGAAGCCCGUGAAGUCACAAGAAGAACAGUUCCUCGUAAUUCACUAGAAAAUGAUGAAUAUGUUAAAGACAUUAUAGGCUUAUUGAACGCAAAAGACUUCCGUGAUCGAAUAAGUGGCAUUAAGCAGCUGCUCGCGGAUACAGAGAACAAUCAAGGCUUUGUUGUUGCCAACAUUGUGAAGAUCUUCGAUGCUUUCAAGUCUCGCUUACAUGACUCGAACAGUAAAGUCAACCAGGCUGCGUUGGAGGCGAUGCACAAGAUGAUCCCGCUGCUGAAAGACAAUUUGUCACCCACGAUCAACAUGUUAAUCCCCGCCCUGGUGGACAACAACCUCAACUCCAAAAAUGCAGGGAUUUAUGACGCUGCCACAAAUGUUAUUCAGGCUCUGUGUCAACACUUAGAUCACUAUGCUUUUUGAAGUGAAUAUAUCACAAGUAAGGCUCUUAUUGACAUGUUUCCGGAUUGUGUUUAUUCCCAGACUGUUUAAUUUUCUGCUUAAGAAUGUUAACGUGUUUUGUUCCUUUCAUUUAGACAACUAUUUGCUCCUGCAGCCAUUCUGCACAAAAGCCCAGUUUCUGAAUGGAAAAGCGAAACAAGACAUGACAGAAAAGCUUGCUGGUAAAGUGAUGUUUGACUGCAUGUUUGGUUGAUUGUGUAGCAUCCUAAUUAGGCAAAUUCGUCACGCGAUGGUGGUGGAUGUGUGUUGUCCCUUCUGGCACGGUACGUCGCAGACAUUAAUGAUGCAGAUUUCACCCCCUUCUAAUGCAAAUUGAAGCUAUUGCUGACAAAAGAUUAUUAUUAUAUGGUCAGAGGGAUGAUGUAUAAAUACAUGGAAGAUGUAUAAACACCUUCAGCUUAUAAUUUCAAUAUUCAGAGAGAAUGAGUUUUGUUUUGUGAUGGGUUUUGUGCUGUCAGUCGCUGAGGAGGUUGCAAGUUUUGGCGUUUUAAGUGAACAAGGGACGUCUUUAUGAGAAAUAGACUUGAAGCAAACAGAUGCUAUUUGCCUGACCUUCGGGGUCGUUCUGUGUGUAGUACGGGUGAAAUUGAACUAAAUAUAAUGCAAAGUCUGUUCUUGAAAUAUUCCUAAAUUGAUGCUUUUGGAAUGUGUUAAUCCCCAACCUUCAACCAGUUCAUCUCUUGCUGGGAUUUUCUGGAGUAGUUUGUGUUAUGUUUCAAAAGAGUCCAUUCUAGCAAAAAGGCAAACAUUUGCAAAUGAAAUACUUAAAUCAUGACGUGAUUCUCUCAGCAAGGAAAAGGAUUCAUCUUAUAUGUAUAUAUUUUUAGUAUAAGUUUACUCUAUUCCUUAAACUCGAGUACCUCCUGCCUAUUUCUGAGAUAGUGGGGAGAUCAUAAAACACCAGGUGUUUUAAAACGCCGUGCACGCUGAGCAGUGGAGGUCCUUUGGAGGUCCUUCAGAGAAUCCUAACUAAACAGAAUUCAAAAGACCCCUUUUCAUUGCUUGUUUUAAUUGAAUGGAAGAGUGUAGUUAUCAGCAGUGCCAGUGCUGCUGUGUGAACUCUCGAGAGACAGUAAAAGGGUGUCUGGAGGGAAGGCUGGAGCUUUUAUGUCGUGUGCAACAACAGACAAGCUCUUGCGUGUCGCAGCCAUUCCUUCGCUCGCUGCUUUGAGAAGGCGAUCUGACACGACGUGCUUUCAUAGACAGCCCUCGCGGCCAGGGAUCGCUUCUGAAUGGUGUCGUCUGACACACACUGCUGGAUGACCCGCUGUCUCUCCCGCAGAUCUCGUGACGGAGCUAUACCCGCGGAAGCCGUACGCCGUGGAGCAAAAGGUUCUGGUUGUCCUUUGGCACCUCCUGGGAAACACGACGAGCAGCGGCUCUUUGCCCGGCGCCGGGGGGAACAUCCGCGCCGCCACAGCCAAGUUAGCCAGAGCGCUGUUUGCACAGAUGGGCCCGGGUCUCUUAACUCACGCCGCGGCCCAGCCACCGCACAUCAG